AUGGGGGCCAAACAGCGCGCGGUAGAUGGCGGCCGACCGGUGCCAGCUGGGCCCGACAGGGGUAACGUCGCCGACGCCCAGGCCGGCCACUUGACCCCGGAUGCCCCGCCGGAACCCCUCCUGCUGCGCAAUGCCGACCUUGUCACGCCCGACGGGGUGGACGACGAGCUGCCGCCCCCCGUGUACGGUGAGACGUACGGCGAGAUCCGCGACGAGAAGACCGGCACCGGCACCGCCGCCCGCGUUACUGACGACGGCCGCGUCAACAUCCGCAUCAAUCAGUUCAACCACCACCUGUCGCAGAUCUUCACGCCCGCCUUGCGCCAGCACGUCGAAACCGCCCAAGAUGCUCUGCCGCUGCCGCCGCCCUAUAUUCCCGCCGCCCUGGAGGGUCAAGGGGGAGUCCCGCCGCCGCCAUUCUUGAACGUCGUCAUCCAAGUCGUCGGCUCCCGCGGAGACGUGCAGCCCUUCGUGGCCCUGGGCAAGGUCCUGCACGAUACGUACGGCCAUCGCGUCCGUCUGGCCACGCACCCUCAUUUUCGCGACUUUGUCCUGGAGAAUGGCCUGGAGUUUUUCAGCAUCGGCGGCGACCCAGCCCGCCUGAUGGCCUUCAUGGCCAAGAACCCCAGCCUGAUGCCUGGGUUUCGCAGCAUCAUGAACGGAGACAUUGGCGAACGGAGGAAGGACGUCGCCGAGUACAUCCAAGGCUGCUGGAGAUCGUGCUACGAAUCUGGCGAUGGCAUGCAUUUCGCCAGCGCCGCGGACGACGACCUGGACCGUCGGUCUGAGCCCGAGACUGACGCCAGUCCCUUCGUCGCCGAUUGUAUCAUCGCCAACCCCCCCAGCUUUGCCCACAUCCAUUGCGCGGAGAAGCUGGGCGUCCCUCUCCACAUUAUGUUCACCAUGCCCUAUUCCCCUACCCAGUCCUUUGCCCAUCCGCUAGCCAACAUCCAGUCCUCCAACGCUGACCCUCAACUUACCAACUUUGUCAGCUACGCCAUGAUCGAGCUCCUCUCGUGGCAGUGCCUCGGCGACAUCAUCAACCGUUUCCGCAAGAAAUGUCUCGCUCUAGAUCCUAUAAGCUCAAUGUGGGCGCCCGGCAUGCUCCAGCGUCUCCGUAUCCCGCACACUUAUUGCUGGUCUCCCGCUCUGAUCCCCAAACCCAGAGAUUGGGGCGCGCACAUCUCCGUCGCCGGUUUCUACUUUCUCAAUCUGGCCUCCAACUACACCCCGGGCCCGGAGCUCCAGGCUUUCCUCGAUGCUGGCCCAACCCCCAUCUACAUUGGCUUUGGAAGCAUCGUCCUGGACGACCCGAAUGCCAUGACGAAGCUGAUCCUUAACGCCGUAAGGAAGACUGGUCAGCGUGUUCUGCUUUCACAGGGCUGGGGGGGCAUCGGCGCAAUUGAUGUCCCCGACAAUGUCUUCAUGCUCGGCAACGUCCCGCACGACUGGCUCUUCCAGCACGUCUCUUGUGUCGUCCAUCACGGCGGCGCCGGGACCACUGCGGCAGGUAUCACGGCGGGCCGACCGACGGUAGUCGUUCCCUUCUUCGGUGAUCAGCCUUUCUGGGGUGCCAUGCUUGCUCGAGCGGGUGCCGGUCCCGAUCCGAUCCCCAUUCGACAACUUACGGCAGACAAACUGGCCGACGCCAUUAACUUCUGCCUCACCCCCGCCAGCAGGGAACGCGCUGGCGAACUCGCGGUCAAGAUCGCGACCGAACGAGGCAUCGAUAGCGGUGCUCAGUCCUUCCAUCAACACCUCGAUGCCGACGGGCUCCGUUGCUCUCUUGCCCCAUAUCGCGCCGCCGUGUGGCACAUCAAGCGCACCAAGAUCAGGCUGAGCGCUUUCGCCGCUUGUACUUUGGCGAAUGCAAACCUUUUGGAUUUUCGCGACUUGCAGCUCUUUCGGCCGCGAGAGUAUUACACCGACGAAGGUCCUCUGGAUCCUAUAUCCGGAGGCUUUACGGCAUUUGCACGGGCGUUUGGUGGCAUGGCCAUGGGAAUCGCCGAUAUCCCCUCGGAGACGUGGAAAGCGUUACAGCUCCCGGCUGGGUCCAAUAGGCAGCCACAAGCAGCAGGAGCAGCAGUAGCAUCAGCAUCAUCGUCGUCACCAUUGCCAUCGUCCGCGCCCACGGUCGCGACGAAGGGCAAGGCUUCGCGAGCACAAAGCCAGGCCAGCUUGAAUAUGCCGCCAUCGAGUCUCGGCCGUAGCGGCAGGAGUGCUUCGAAUCUUUCCAAUCAGUCGCUUAGCGUAUCUAACUCCAGAUCACGUUCUGGGCCUGGUGCAGACUCUUCAAGCAGCAUUGAGCGUACCGCGAGUAGCCAAAGUCGAGUCCACAGUCGGACUGACUACGGUGUCGGCAAGAACCAAGACAUGCUGCGUCCGGCUGGCCCGCACACAAGUAAAGGCGUUGGACGCUUUGUAAGGACGCUGGUGCAGGCACCCGUAGAGAUCUCGGUGAACUGGACCAAAGGCUUCCACAACGUUCCCAAGCUCUGGGGAGACGAUACUGUGCGCCCUCAAGAACGAGUUACUGACUUCAAGACGGGUAUGUAUGCCGUCGGUCGAGAAUUUGGGUACGGCUGGUACGAUGGCGUGACCGGCUUGGUCACUCAGCCCUGGACGGGCGCGCGGGAGAAAGGGGCCGGCGGCUUCAUUACAGGGAUCGGCAAAGGGGUCGGAGGAUUCGUGGCCAAGCCGAGCGCCGCCUUCUUCGGUAUCCUCGGCCAUACUAUGAAGGGCGUCCACAAAGAAGUGCAGAAGUGGUUCGGUAGCAGUGUGCUCAACUAUAUCAUCGAUUCGCGGGCAGCGCAAGGUUACGAAGAGUGGCUGCAGAGCUCCGAGGCGGAAAUAGAAGACGUCAUCGCUCGGUGGAAGCAACUCCAAAAAGACCUGCCAAAAAAGGGCGAUCCCAAUGAGAAGGUGCGAGAGGACUGGAAAGGACCGCACAAGAUGGAGCAAAAGGGGACAGGCGAGGGCGACCACAGCAGCGCAUACACCGCGGGUGUCGCCGCGCCGGCCUACGGUGCUGGUAGCACUACCGCCACCGAUGCAUCACACCAGCGCUCGAGUGGACCGGCCGACAAUGUUUUCAUACAAUCGCUGUCAGCCGCUGAACUGAACGGAACUAUCCGACAAUCAGCCCAGGAGUACUCAGGUCGAACGGCGGAGCGAAAGGUCGAUGUGGAGAGGGCGGUUCGCAAAGACGACUCGGAGCUUCAUCGCCAACGAGAAGGGAUUGCGGAUACCCAAAAGAACCGGUCGACUUGGCGCCAGGCUGUAUCGGCUGGCAAAAGCAUCAGUGACAGCGAGUUGGGCUCGGCGUCGGAAACGGAUAUAGAUGAACCACACAGAUGGACGAGAGCAACAUCCGGAAAGUCGAUGGACAAGAUGCCCGCCGCUGGUCGCGGCUACGGUACGGUCCAUCUCGGAGGCACCACGCAACAGGAGUUUGAAGCGUCACAAGCUCGUCACCCGAGCGAGAAGACGAUGCAGGAGAAGACGGAAGAAGAAGUCGUCAUGGAGUACGUCAAGAAGCAAAGCCUCUUGGAAGCGCAGCAUUUCCGGGGAAAUGGCAAGGGCCGCGCGAGCGUGUUGACCGCGGACGAUGAUGACGAUGCAGAGUUGCAAGAGGCGCUCAAGUUAAGCAUGCAAGGGCGUUGA